AUGCUCCGGAGUCUUACAACAUCUCUCAGUCGUGGUGACAGCUCUGCAUCAGGAUACACGAGCAGCGCCAUACGCACUUAUACACCUCCUAGCAUGACCGAGUCCAGCCCCACAUACGAAGAAGUAUCGCUCAACGGAGAAAAUGAGCAGACCUUCGAAGGCAACUCUUCCAUGACAGCCCACACGGCGUUUGCCAGCGAGUUCCUCGAAAAGGCCGUGACCAAUACCCCUCUGAGCCGACAUCUCAGUCCGAAUAUCGAGAAUGCGCUCGCAUCUUUACGGCAAAUGGUACAGAUGCAACAGCGCAAGGACAUCUCGCAGGAGAGUACGUUUGCUCACCAAAAAACGAUACCAAAGGGUGGCGUCAGUCAGCUACCUUUACCACCAACCGACGUUGUGCUGAAGUUAUUGCGCGAGAUUAAGGUCAACCCGCCCACAAUAUUUAUAUUAAGCUGUACCUUCCUCACGGUCGAGUCCUUUAUAGAAUACUGUCGGAGAGUAUACUUUGCUACCGAGGACUACGGCCCGGCCACCUUCAUCAUUGUCAAUGCCGGCCUCUACUACGCUUUUCAAGAAAAGUCAUUCAGGGACGAGGCUAACAGCCAAGAGUACCGUGAAUACCACCACUUGUGCAGAGACAAUCUGGAGACUGCCCUGGCCAAUUUGCCGCUCCUUCUGCCCUCCAAUAAGGAGACCAUCGAGGCCCUGCUGCUUGGUGUCACCUACGCGAUCGAGGUCUCGAAAUUCACGCUUGGGUGGCAGCUGAAUAGUGCCGCAGCGGCCAUGUGCCAGACGCUCGGCUGGCACCGUCUCCAGGCCACCGAGGACGAGAAGACCCAUAACACAAAGUUGGCCACCUUCUGGUUCUGCUACAUGUUGGACAAGGGCCUGUCGUUGCGCUUCGGGCGCACCUCUGUCAUGCAGGAUUGGGACAUCUCGACACCACGCCGCUUCCACACUACCCAUCAUGUGGAGCCCUGGACGGAGGCAAUCAAUCUUUGGAUCAAGACCGGAGGCGUGAUGGGCGAGACGUACGAGCACCUGUACAGUCCGGCGGCGCUGGCGCGGCAGCCAGGCCAACGGAUCGAAACUGCGAGCCUCCUGGUGGCCAAGAUGAAGCAGCUGUGGAACGAGCUGCAGGGCUUUUCGACGACCUUGAAGCGCCAGGACAGAUCCUUGGUGGACACAUCGGCUGACGGCGGCAUCAAGGGCAAGGAAUGGCGCACAAUGUCCUUGGCCGUGGUCCUAAAGUCGGCGGAGGUAAGCCACUGGGCGUCCUUGACCCUCGUGUAUCGCGCGAUCCCAAGCGCACCGGGCUUUCCAAGCACAUUCAACACCGAAUGCAUUGACGCGGCACGAGGGGCGUUUAGCGCUCAUGAAGAAUGCAUGAAGCUCACUGCAGACAAUCUCUUUGUCCAGGCCGGGUAUCUGCAUUGGACAAUACUCUACUCCCCAUUCACCCCCUUUAUCGUCCUCUUCUGCCACGUCAUCGAGACAUGCAGUGCCGACGAUCUCCAACGCCUCGAGUCGUUCACGACAACCCUCCAACCCGCGCUCCACAUGUCCCGGGGCAUCGAGAAACUCCACCGUCUCUGCAAGUUGCUGUCCCAGGUGGCCGCCCUUUACGUCGAGGCCAAGAUGCAGCCGCAGGGCCAGGAGGACCAGGACAUGAUGACCACGGUAGGCAACGACUUUGACAUGUACCUGUCCCAGCUGGGGUUUAUAUCCCAGCCGAACCAGCAGCACUCGGGUGGUGGGGGCGGGAGUAGUACGCUCGCGGGUGGCGGCGGCGAGUACGGGCUGGAAGAAGGAGGAGCAGGAGGAGGCGGAGGUGGAGCAAACGGCACAGCAGUGAACAUCCAGCCACCAGGACUCGGGGAUUGGUUCUCCGGGAAUCGAUACGUGAUGGGUCUGAUGGAGGAGGACAUGUUGGACUUUGACUUUGAUCCAGAGGCGUGGACGUCGACAACAGGAGCGCGAUAG